AUGUCGGACGACCUUAUUUGGAAAGUCAUCAACAAGCAGUUCUGCUCGUUUCAGAUCCGCCCACAUGUCUCGCAGAACGACCAGGCAUUCUGUCGUAACGAAUACAACGUUACUGGUUUGUGUGACCGGAGAUCGUGUCCUUUAGCCAAUGCACAGUAUGCCACGGUGAAACAGGUGGAUGGGAGAAUCUACCUCUAUAUGAAGACGGUUGAGCGGGCACACACGCCGGCCAAUCUCUGGCAACGUAUACGUCUCUCGAAGGAGUAUGCCAAGGCAUUGAAGCAGAUUGACGAGCAGCUCAUGUACUGGAACGAGUUCAACAUCAACAAGUGCAAACAAAGAUUCACCAGGCUCAAGCAGGUGCAAAUCACGGAGCGUCGGAUGGCGUUGAAGGCCGAGAGAGGCGAUGUCAGUGAGCGGAGCUAUGUUGGAGUGAAGCAUAAGGUCAAAAAGAGGGAGGAGAAGAGAGAACGUAAGGCGCUUGCUGCUGCCCGGAUUGAGAAGGCCAUCGAGAAGGAGUUGUUGGAUAGGUUGAAGAGUGGAGCAUAUGGAGACAAGCCAUUGAAUGUUGACGACAAGAUCUGGAAGAAGGUGCUCGGCAAGAUGGAUGACAAUGAGAGGGAGGAUAGGGACCUGGAGAUGGACGAGAUGGAGAGCGAUGAGGACGUUGAGUUAGAUUCCGACUCUGACGACGGUGGUCAGGUUGAGUAUGUUGAGAUGGACGAUGACGAGGAGGACGAGAUGGUCGACAUGGAGGACCUCGAGAAGUGGUUGGGACAAGACAGUGAUGAAGACAGUGAUGAAGACAGCGACGAUGAGGACAAUGACAAUGAGGACAAUGAUGAUGAGGACAAGGACAAGUCCAAACCAAAGAAGAUCAAGACAAAGAGAGCCAAGAGACCGAGAAUCGAGGUGGAAUACGAGGAGGAGCCAAUGACCAACAUUGCCAAUUAG